AUGGAAAAGUGGCCUACAACAGAUAAACCAAGCGAAAGUCUCCAAAGUGUGAACACGACAACAAGUACAUCAAGUAGCGUCUAUAGCUCAAUUAGUACAAACACUUCAAACGCAUCAAUAUCGAAACCGUCAGUUUCACGAAUACGAAAAUCAAAUAAAGCACGUUACGAAUCUCGCAAUUUGCCCGGUCUUGAAGAUUUAAUGCUUUUCUAUCACGGAUAUCCAAAGCAAAAAUUAAUAAUCGAGGCUGCUACAAUUCUACUGCGAAUUGAACACGGCGAAUGGGUGAGUAAUGUGGAAAGAUACUUGAUUCGUGCGACUCUUGCCGCGGAGAUUCGACGACAUUGUGAGCCUGGAAGUUUGGAAUUUUUAACAUGGCAAGCAUUGAUAGAUCUUUGGAAUAGAAUUCCAGUAUAA